AUGAGUCAUGAUUCACCCCCUACUGAAACAAUAGAGGAUGGCUCCAACAUAGCUCUCGCAAGUUUGGAACCGACGCCUGCCAAGACAGAGUCGACCGGGUCGGCGUCACAAGAAGAACGUUUCAUACGAUACAAGCUGUUCCAGACUGACAAAGACGAGAGCAUAAAUCCCGAAAAGAAACAGAUGAUAACCCUCGCACAACAGGACUUUGUCAACCAGCCACAGGUAACACCACUCCCUGAAAACAAACUUCAUUUAUACUUUCUCCCUAAUAUCAAGAAGGAUGAGGAUCAUGACGGUCCAGGUCUUGUGGAGGACCAGAGAAUUUGCGAAAGGCUUACCAACGCCCUUCAUUUAGAACCGUUCUUCUUAACGGAGGAGGCAUGGGACUCGAAUGGCUUUUUUGUUCAUAAGAGAAUCAUUGCCGGGAGCGACAACGCCGUGCAAGGCCAUAGCUAUGCAGCACGCUUUCUGAUCAAGUUCCUCGAGCCGGAAAAAGACGAAAAUGAAACCGUAGAGGAACAAAAGGCCCCUUACAAAUGGCUAUUCUUAUCAUUCAGCGUACUAUGGCUCAAAAAGGCAGGCAAAGUCACCUGUGUCGUUGCUUGUUAUGAUGAUUGCGGAAGGCUCCGAGACAAGAUCGAGGAAGCGCUAGCAAAAUAUCCUCUCCGACACCUCCAGUCGAAUCCUUUUGCUAUAUAUGAUGCCUUCCUACGAUUGUAUAUUUGGCAAUACGAUGAGGGUAUCUGGAAGUUCCGAAAACCUGUGAGAAAAAUCGAGAAGCAAAGAGAACAGUUUAUGAACACAGUAGUGUCACUCAAGUCAACAAAGGGCGCAAACACAACAAUUGUCCAAGAGUACCACAAGAUGCACGAACUUUCCCGACAUGCUAUUCAUAUGAGCGAAACCGUCCAGGUAGCAACCCUGUCUGUGAAGCUAGCUUUGGAGAUUAUUGAAGCCCAACUCCAAUUACUUUCGCUAGCUAAUGACAACGAGAAAAAUGAUGCUAGAAACGUGAUUGAUGGUAUUCGAUUUUCUGCUUCAUUUAUCGCAGCAUUAAAGCUCAGAUCAGAUGCAUUUGUUGACAGGAUCGAGAAUGAAAUUAAGAUGGCAUAUAAUAUUGUCAGUGUGUAUCAACUGAGCGAGACUAGGGACGAAUCAAAAGAACUUACACAGUUUGUGACUUCUUUAUCUCUCUUCUUCCUCCCUUUGACAUUCGUUGUGGGCUUUUGGGGCAUGAAUUUUGUCGGAUUGAAUGAAGAGCGAAAGCUCUACGUGUCUAAAGACACCUGGUUGUUUGCAUUGACCGGAUUUUUUGCGGUCCUUCUCGCUGCGCUUUUCUAUCAAUGGACAAAAUCUUUUAGGGGAAUGAAAAGAACGAUGAAAUUCAUCAAGGGCGUGAAUUUUAAUGUCACAUUCUCACAACGUCAGCAAGAGAAGGUUUUGCGUGGUAUUGGCAGCCACGGGCCUACAGUGCCAGAUGUUGUAUGA